CCCUCCCUCAGUUCUUCCUCUCCAUCCUCGGCUGUUUCGCUGUCUUAUUCUCCGUUUCUCUUUUUCCCCUUUUCUUUCCACAGUGUGACCCCCCCCCUCUUUUUUUUGUUAAUCCCACCACCCCUGCCUUCCAUCUCCAUCCUCCCCUUUCUCCAUCUCUUUUUGUAUUCAUCCCAUCUUUUCUCUUUCUUUUCCACCGUUCCUUAGAUAGACUCACACCUUUCCUUUUCUCUGCUCUCUCUCCCUCUCUUUCUCUCUCUUAUACUAAAUUCUAAGACCACCCUCUCUCCUCUCUUCUCUUUUUUUCUCCUUUUGCUCACUCUCUCUAUUUCUCUGUGGCCCUCCCCCUCCCUUUUCAUGUUUCCCCCCUCCCUCCAUCCUCUCUUUCCCUCGCUGGUUCAGUUAGUCAAAGAAGAGAUUCACGGAAGGAGAGAAAAGGGGGGAAAGGCAGGACGAGAGUGAGAGCGCAGGAGUGGGGCAGGCUGGGGAGAGGGGUGUGGGGUCUCAGCCCUCUGUCGUGGGGGGUUGGGGGGGUUGAGAUACACCCCGAUAUUUGUUUUAAGUACCAUGGACUGCCUCUGCAUUGUGACUACAAAGAAGUACAGGUACCAGGAUGAGGAGACGCCCCCCUUGGAGCACAGUCCAGCACAUCUGGCUCAAGGGAAAAGUGCAGAGAUGCUUCAUAUGAGUGACAAAAACCUCGCCGCCAUGGAGGCGAUCCAUGGCUACACACCACACACGCAUAUCUCACCUGUCAAGCCUGUGUUGAUGUCUACGGGACACACUCCAAUGUACACCUCCGCUGUUUCCACACUGGGAAACACUCCUCCAGUGGUCGUGAACACUGACACACUCGAUGGCUCCCCAUAUGUGAAUGGGACAGAAGGUGAAAUCGAGUAUGAGGAAAUCACACUGGAGAGAGGUAACUCAGGCCUGGGCUUUAGCAUAGCAGGGGGAACAGACAACCCUCACGUGGGCGAUGACCCCAGCAUCUUCAUCACCAAAAUCAUACCUGGAGGAGCUGCUGCUCAGGAUGGACGGCUGAGUGUGAACGACUGCAUCCUAUUUGUGAAUGAUGUGGACGUGAGGGAGGUGACACAUAGCCAAGCUGUGGAGGCUCUUAAGGAGGCAGGUGCUAUCGUCCGCCUCUACGUUCUCCGCAGAAAACCAGCAGCGGAAAAAGUCACUGAAAUCAAGCUCAUCAAAGGGCCUAAAGGAUUAGGUUUCAGCAUUGCUGGAGGGGUGGGGAACCAGCACAUACCAGGAGAUAACAGCAUCUAUGUCACUAAGAUCAUUGAAGGCGGAGCAGCUCAUAAAGAUGGGCGUCUGCAGAUUGGGGACAAGAUCUUAGCGGUGAACAACGUGUGUCUGGAGGAUGUGAUGCACGAGGAUGCGGUGGGGGCUCUGAAGAACACAGCCGAGGUGGUGUACCUCAGGGUGGCCAAGCCCAACAACCUGUUCCUGACCAACUCGUACAACCCUCCUGACCUCACCAGCACAUAUUCCCAUAUGGAUACUGAACUUAGCCACCCAAACUAUCUCGGAUCUGAUUACCCGCAAGCCCUCACUCCCACCUCACCGAGUCGGUUUUCUCCUGUUCUACAUGGCAUGAUGGGAGAUGAUGAUAUUCCCAGAGAGCCUCGUCGAGUUUUGAUCCACCGAGGCUCCACAGGUUUGGGAUUUAACAUCGUCGGAGGAGAGGACGGCGAGGGGAUCUUUAUCUCCUUCAUCCUGGCAGGCGGUCCAGCUGAUCUCAGCGGAGAGCUGCACAAAGGGGAUCAGAUCCUCAGUGUAAACGGCGUGGACCUGCGUAUGGCCACGCACGAACAGGCAGCUGCAGCACUGAAGAACGCUGGCCAGACAGUUACCAUCAUCGCGCAGUACCGACCCGAUGAGUACAGUCGUUUUGAGGCUAAGAUCCAUGACUUGAGGGAACAGCUGAUGAACAGCAGCAUGGGCUCUGGGACGACAACCCUAAGGAGUAAUCCAAAGAGAGGCUUCUACAUCAGGGCUCUUUUUGACUAUGAUAAAACUGCCGACUGUGGCUUUCUCAGUCAAGCACUUGGGUUCAAGUUUGGAGACGUGCUGCACGUGUUGGACUGCGGAGAUGAAGAGUGGUGGCAGGCCCGUAAGGUCAGCCCGCAGAAUGAGGCUGAAGAGGUUGGCUUCAUCCCCAGCAAGCACAGGGUGGAAAGAAAAGAGUGGUCUCGUGUUAACACCAAAGAGAGGGACCUUGGUCGGGACAGCUUGAGCACACAAGGGAGAGAUAAAGCCUCACACAGUUAUGAGACAGUUACCCAAGUGGAAGUACAUUAUGCAAGGCCCAUCAUCAUUCUGGGUCCUGUGAAGGACAGGAUAAAUGAUGACCUGUUGUCUGAGUUCCCCGAUAAGUUUGGAUCUUGUGUCCCACACACCACGCGGCCCAAGAGGGAGUAUGAGGUGGACGGGCGAGACUAUCACUUUGUGUCCUCCAGGGAACAGAUGGAGAAGGACAUCCAGAGCCAUCGGUUCAUUGAGGCCGGACAGUACAACAGUCACCUGUACGGCACGAGUGUCCAGAGUGUCCGUGAGGUGGCUGAGCAGCAGGGGAAACACUGCAUCCUGGAUGUCUCAGCCAACGCUGUGCGCAGACUACAAGCAGCUCAGCUUCACCCAAUUGCCAUCUUUGUGCGGCCCAAGUCGCUGGAGAAUGUCCUAGAAAUCAACACUCGCCUGACAGAGGAGCAGGCCAGGAAAGGAAUGGACCGAGCCCUCAAACUAGAACAAGACUUCCUAGAGUGUUUUACCGCUGUCGUGGAAGGGGACAGCUUUGAAGAGGUCUAUCACAAAGUAAAGACAGUGAUUGAGGAGCAAUCAGGGCCUUACAUCUGGAUCCCCACUCGGGAGAGGCUGUGAUGCUGCACCCGCUCGACCACCCCUCCCUCACAGCCACCGAUCGACCGCCACCCUUCACCCUCACAGCCAAGCCAGCCUCGCCUGCCUGCCUGUCUGUCCUCCAGCAAAGUCAGUGCUUAGGCAAUCACUGAGAAUGACACAGAGAGAUAAACGCAUACUAAGACAAAACACAGCGACACCGCGAGGCAAAGAACGAUACCAAAAAAUAAAAAAUAAAAAGGAGAGAGACUCUGACACAGAUGUAAAUGCAGCGAUGUAUAAAGAGACUGAGAGAAAAGACUAAACCAGUAUCCCACUAUAACGAAGCCGACCCAGUUCACACUUUGCAUUAAAAUGCAUCUCGGAUACACGAGUGGACAGCUCUAGAUGCAGCUGUGACUGCACCCUAAACUGGGUGCUGGUGGGGGUGGGGGGGGGAUGCAAAUAUCCAAAUCACAGUUAAUAACUUGUGUAUAUGUAAUGUGUUUAACCUGUGUUUGGAUACAGGUGCACUUUCCCACCAGAUAGGGAGCAAAUGAAGUGACUAUUUCAGGCGGAUUUCAGUUGCAUUUUGAUGCCGGGUGUGAACUGCAGCCCACGUCACCUGGAGCUCAACACAGCAGUCUAGAUGUAUGUGGACAUGAGACAUUAAUUCUGAGCAGGGCUCGAAAGAAAAUAAAGGAUGACCUUGCAGAGAUGGACCCUGAGGUGCUAUCGCCUCACCUACAGAGCCAUCUCGAGUCUCAUGCCGACAUUGAACACCUCAGUGCACCGAUGUCUCAGAUGGAGGUCCCCCCUCACUUUAAAAACAAACAACAAAAGACAGUGGCCACUCUUUUUAUAUCACCUCCUGGCUUUCUGUCCUCCUCGUCCUGCCACCUCUGCCUUGUUUCAGGACAGGAACGGGGAAGACCGAGAACAGGGGCCCAGAUCCAGCUGAGUCCCACGUGACCAGGAGUCCUUUCUCAGCAAAGACCCGCUUUUUUUUUUUUUCUUUUUCUUUUUCUUUUUUCUUUUUGUGAUUCUCAUCUUGGUUCUGGGUGUGAACUCAGAAUAACACCUCAGUGGCCAAGACUGACGUUUGUUCGGGUCACCCCAUGUUGAAUAUUGCAAGGCAUUAUUUAAAGGCAGUUCAAAUAAUUAUAUUGCUAAAAACCUCAUACGCUGAAUUUCUGCAUGCAUCCUCAAAGACAACGGAGAGAGAAGAGAAAAACAAAGGAAGAAAAUCAUGAUAAUAAUCUAAAGGAAGGAGAAAAAAGUGAAGGAGUUUGUUUUUUUUAGCAUGUCUCAAGAAGAGAAGAGAGACAUGAUCAUGUGAUUAUGUUUAUGAGAGGCCAGUGCUGAGCAUACUAGAUGCUCUGGCGUGUAGUUUAGCCUCAACUCUCUUAUGCACACAAACACACUCAUGCACCCACACACACACACCCUCACUCCCUUACAGCGGCACACACACACACAACCGCACACACACAGACACACAAUCAUAGGGUCGUAAACUCAGCUGUAACCUAGCACACCUCUACAGGCGGAUUGGCUGUUCUGACCUGCUAGUCAGCAUCCAGGAUGAAUGUUAUCUCUCUAGGCACAAACAGCAGAGCUCUUAGCUUCAUCGCACCACAGCAAACUCAUCGGUCAUUCUUCCAAAAGAUACCCCCCCUUCCCCUGCCGCAGACGUACACACCGUCUCCAGUGGUCGCAGUUAAAAGCCAUGGCGUAUGUGUGUGUGUAAGUGUGUGUGUCUGCGUGUGCACGGUGGUGCUCGUUCAUGUGCGGGGACUCCUCUGUGUGGGAGGAAUAUGUCCUUUAAUCCUUUCUCUCUCUUCCAGUUUUCCCUGCUUCUUUCUCCUUCUCGUGUCCACACAAAUUAAAGCUAAGUCAUGUUUAACAAAUAAAUAGCCUAUAUAUAUAAAUAUAUAUAUAUGCAUAUAUAUCUUUUUUAUGACAAUUUCUAACGGGAUUAAGUCUGUAAAAAAAUUAACAUUUCCAAAUGAUAUUCCAUUGAUUUUUUUUUUUUUUUUU